UAGAAAAGAAGAAGCGGACAGAGAAAGAAAACGCCGCACCAACCGUAUGCUAAUCGCAAUGGUCGCAGUGUUCCUCGUCUCCUGGUUGCCCCUGAACACCGUCAAUAUCGUGAACGACUUCUACCAACAGAUGGAGAGCUGGCCCUACAACUACCUCACCUUCUUCGUGACACACGCCAUCGCGAUGUCCUCCACCUGCUACAAUCCCUUUUUGUACGCCUGGCUCAACGAAAACUUUCGCAAGGAAUUCAAGCAGGUGCUGCCCUGUUUCGACGGAUCAACGGGAAGCAGGAUGCCCUCUGCUAAUCACCAUUGGAGAUCGGAACGCACGUGCAACGGAAAUGGUGCAGAGACGCAGCAGGAGUCGUUGCUGCCUUCAUCGAUACACAGAGUCCCCUCAGUACGUGAGAGAAAACCCACCCCGCCCCUAGGAAGCCUGGCCCCUCCCAAUAAGGCAGACUCAGUCGAAGUGGAGAACGUCGUAGUAAACGUAGCGCUAAUGGGGGCGGCCUACGACCACGCAACGGACGCAGUGAGGUUGAGAUUAAUUACUGAAGAAGAGCCUCCACCUUACGAGCCAGCACUGGCAGUCGCCGCCGCCAAUGUCCUGAACCAGCAGGAAUAGGACCACAGUGAAAAAGCUUGGCUGGUCACCUGGUAGUCACUUCAUUCGAAGGCAGUCACAAUGCGAAGGGAC